AUGGCUUCAAAAUACCCUGGUUUACCGCUACUCAGUGCAGAAGAGCUUCAUCAUGAACUAUUACCAGAAUUGCUACAAUGGUCGCUUACAAAUGGUCUCACAAUAUAUCCAUCAGAUUUUAAAUCUUACGAAUGCAAUGUUAUCAAUAUGACUGUCUAUCCGACACCUAUGCCUCGAAAUAGUUUUGAAGCAGCCAUCGAUGUGCAAUUGGAAUAUAACAAACUAUACGCUACUAUUGCUCAAGAUGCCGACGGCUGGCUUUCCAAAGAAACUCAGAAGUUGUCUGAAUUUGAUCCUGAUUUUACCGGUAAAUUAUGGGCCUUGUAUUUGAAAGCAAAAGAGAUCGGUAUGACUCAAAAGAUUGGAAUGGGCAUUUUUAGAUCAGAUUAUUUGAUAGACGGUGAUAAUGCCCAGAUCAAGCAAGUGGAAUUCAACACAGUUAGUGUUUCUUUUGGUGGUCUAUCCAGUAAAGUUAGCGAACUGCACAGUUAUUUAAACGCAUCUGGCAAAUAUGCCAAUGGUAAGCGAUUUUACGACUUGGAGGUUCCUAUAUCUAAUUCCGCUGAGUGCAUUACAAAUGGUAUGGCAAAUGCGAUAAAGAAAUAUAAUGCAGUGUCAAAAGCUAAGGAUUCCAUUGUUGUGUUUGUUGUCCAAAAGUCUGAGAGGAACGUUUUUGACCAGAGACUAUUGGAAUACAAUUUAUUUAAGCAACACGGUAUUUUAUCAAAAAGGUUGACCAUUCAUGAGAUUCACACAAAAAUAAUACUAGAGCCAACGAAAAAGAAGUUAUAUCUAAAAAGUACUGGUCAAGAAGUUGGUUUGGUUUAUUUUAGGGCAGGUUACACUCCGAAUGACUAUGUAACUGAACAGGACUGGGAAAAUAGAUUGCUGUUGGAGACCAGUUUUGCUAUUAAAGCUCCAAAUUUACUGACCCAACUUUCUGGUACCAAAAAGAUACAGCAACUUUUAGCAGACAAAUCAAUCUUGUCAAGGUUUGCUUCCUCGGAUGAAAUAGAGAAAUUAUAUGCAACUUUUGUGAAAAUGUAUCCUUUAGAUGAGUCUGAACUAGGAAAAGAAGGCAAAAGAUUAGCCUUGGAGGAACCAUCAAGUUUUGUUCUGAAACCUCAAAGAGAAGGUGGUGGUAAUAACAUAUACAAAGAAGAUAUUCCUAAGUUCUUAGCUACUAUACCAGAAAAGGACUGGAGUGCUUAUAUAUUGAUGGAACUAAUAGCCGCAACCCCCACCAAUGGUAACGUUAUCGCGAGAGAAGGUGAACUUGUGACGGAACCAAUUUUAAGUGAGUUGGGUAUCUUCGGCUGCGUACUCUUUGAUGAUAAAAACAUCUAUGAUAAUGUAAGGUCGGGAUGGCUUUUAAGGUCCAAAAUUGCUGUGUCCAAUGAAGGAGGUGUUGCAGCAGGCUUUGGAUGUAUUGACAGCCCUGUACUUUACUAA